GCGCUCAGUCGCAUCAGGUGGUUACCAAACAGAUAAGCGCGAGGCAGCUUUCUGUUUCUGAAGAGGAAGAAACUACAACAGCUCAUGUGACACUUUCAUCAUAAAUAGGCCCAUCAACCAGGAAAACACUAUCAGAGAGCUCAACACAGCAGCGAUGACAAGUCCCACGGAUCAACGCGCGAUGUUUGCGAGCCUGCUGCUCGUCUCCCUGUGUGUCGGGGCAGUGGCCAUGAUUGACAGCCGGCUGGACGACCACUGGGAGCUGUGGAAGAAGACGCACGAGAAGAAGUAUCAAAAUGAAGUGGAGGAUGUGCGCCGCAGGGAAUUGUGGGAGAAGAACCUGAUGCUCAUCACCAUGCACAACCUGGAGGCCUCGAUGGGGCUUCACACCUACGACCUCGGCAUGAACCACAUGGGAGACUUGACACAAGAGGAGAUCCUGCAGUCGUACGCCACACUCACUGUUCCCACUGACAUCCAGAGGGCACCAUCUGCCUUUGUGGGGACAUCCGGCGCUAAUGUACCCGACACCAUGGACUGGAGACAGAAGGGCUGUGUUACCAGUGUUAAGAUGCAGGGUUCAUGUGGCUCCUGCUGGGCCUUCAGUGCCGCCGGGGCCCUGGAGGGCCAGUUAGCCAAAAAAACAGGGAAGCUGGUGGACCUCAGCCCGCAAAACCUGGUGGACUGUUCAGGCAAAUAUGGCAACCACGGCUGCAACGGUGGCUUCAUGCACAGAGCCUUCCAGUACGUCAUCGACAACCAGGGCAUCGACUCAGAUGCCUCAUACCCCUACACGGGACAGUCACAACCGUGCCGCUACAACCCAGUGAACCGCGCUGCCAACUGCUCCAGUUACAGCUUCCUGCCGCAAGGGGACGAGGGCACUCUGAAGCAGGCGCUCGCCACCAUUGGACCCAUUUCAGUGGCGAUCGACGCCACGAAGCCCAGAUUCACCUUCUACAGGAGUGGAGUGUAUGAUGACCCGAGCUGCACCCAGAAAGUGAACCAUGGGGUGCUAGCUGUGGGCUACGGCACACUGAGCGGAGAAGACUACUGGCUGGUAAAAAACAGCUGGGGAACAACUUUCGGAGACCAGGGCUACAUCCGGAUGGCACGCAACAAGAACAACCAGUGUGGUAUCGCUCUGUACGGCUGCUACCCCAUCAUGUAGCUGCAGAGGGAACCAGUUGAAUCUGUUGCAGAAUUGAAGUUCCCUUCCAUUUUAUGUAUACAGCAUUUUUACAGUUUAAUGUUACAUUGAUUCUAACAUUUUUCGACAUGUUUUUAAAUUCCUUUUUAAUGCACCUUUGUACAACAAAAAGCAAAUAACAGCAAUACUACAGUUCAACAUCAUUGAACUUCUUGACCGUGUGUUUGUUUGUGUCCGACUGUAUAUGUGUAUGUGUUUGAAUCUGUAAUAAAGACACAGAUGUACUCUGUAA